CUAUUUGUGUAUCUUACGCAAAUCCUCAUCAUCGCCAGUCAUAGCACACAGUCCAAUACUGCUACUUACAGGAAGAUGUGUAGGACGACUGCUUAAUGUGGUUAGCUCAGUUUUGGAGUAUGGACUCGAUCCUAUCCAUUGGUAUCAAAAGAAUAUGCUUGUAUUUUGAAGAAAAGCACAAUCGUUUCCCGGAAGUUUAUAGCAAGCUCAGCUGCUAACGCUAAGGUAUCCAGCUAACCUAAACCCAUCGGCUGGUUCAUUUGUAAAGUAUUUCUACCCAUCUCGCUGACGGAUUUGCAUUCAUUCAUUUAUAUCCAGAUAGUAUAAAACUUCUAUCGUUGUUGCACGCCCCGCUGUCCAAGAUAUGUAAGCAUUUUGACACUGGACUACACCUGAUCCCGCUCCUACAACACUGUCUGAUCUGCCAUCGAAGGACCAGAUGCCCUGUGGCCUUUCUGGUUCAUCAUGAAGCCCGCCAGCUAUCAAAGUAUGGCUUCUUCUGUGAUGAAUCCAAAUAUAAGCCUGGGCCAUUUACUGAGUGCUCCCAAUGUGAUGCGAUGUGAGAAAUGCCGAUUUGCCACUACAGACAUGUCGGCUUUCAAGAAACAUGUGGCACAAGAGCAUACUGAGUAUUACUGCUUUUACUGUAACAGGGUGUCUCUCAGUGAAGCUGAGUUACAGACUCAUUUGCAGAUACACACAGGAACAAGUCCAUUUAAAUGUCCUCAUUGUGGACAAGUGUAUAUGCGGAGGAUGUGCCUUAUAAAGCACAUUGAGCGUCUUCACAGUAAAAUUAUACCUCAAGAACCACCUAAAAUAACACCACGCAUUUCUGUCUCAAGUGCCUCUCAAAGUGUUCCCUGUGCAGCCAGUGCAGCCAGUGCAGCUCCUCAGAGGCCUGUUGUUCGUGUGAAUGUUCCAACUCCUACUACCGCUGGAGUUACACUGGAAAAUAACUUGCAAAGACUAAAAUCCUUGAGCUCCUAUAUCUCAAACGCUAAUCAUGGUGAUGCUGUACCUUUAAAUGGACAAGUGCAGCACAAUCGAGCACUUACUGUUUCACUCCCAGAGGAAGUUUCUAUCCCUGCCGGCUGCAUGGUUGAGGUAGCGGAGGUGAAGACUGUAGAUGGAACUAAGGAGCUCCGGCUAAGAUUUGUUGCUCAUCAAGAAAAUGAGUCCGUUAUAAAAAAUGGAAGGACCACAGUCCCCGAAACCUCAAAAGUACUUUCUUCACAAAUGAAAUAUCCAAAUGCAAAUGAUUCAGGGAUGCGAUUUGGCAAUAAAAAUAAUGAAACUAAGCUUGUGAAUAAAGGACGCCCCACUCUGGUUCCAGUUAACAUUUCCAAACCUUUUCCAAAACAAACGAUAAAGGAACAACGCUCUAAUACAAAAAGACCAUCAGAAGUUAUCAACUUGAAUGCAGGUGUCCCAACUAAGAUUCCCAGAACCUUUAUUUCUGUUGGGGAAGCCAAGGUUGCUUCACAGAAGGAACCCAUUAGUCACAGUAUCACACCUACGGCUAUGUCCUCUAUGUUAGCCAACAGGUUAACAACAGGUACUUUGCUACCAGAAAGUUUGUCAACUCUGAUUAGUCUAAAAGGUGUUGAGGAGAGAAAAAGUUCUGCUCCAGGACCUCCCCCUAGUUCAGAACCAUUAAUGAUGAACAAUGUGCAGAUUAUGCCUCGCAUUGUUCCUAUGAACCGGGGUUCUGUAACUGUAAAAGCUAAGGAAGACCCCAUACUGCACAAAAACAAGCAUGAGUUGACAAACCCUAUGCAGCAAAACUUGAAAACACUGCUUCUUCCAGUGACACCCUCAGUGGUUGCACCGCCACCUCCCCAAGUUCGAGUUACAAAUGAAUGUAAGGAUAAAUUAGUUACAAAAACAUUUACCCCAGAGCAAGCUUCUUCUGCAGAGCUGUUAGCAGCAAAGAAACUUGCAAACAACACAAACAUGAAAAUGCCCUCUCUGCCCCAAGAAGUGAAAAGGGAAAAAGCUGUAACCGAGGAUGUGCGAGUAGAACCUGAGGGAUUUCCAGUAAUAUACUCUGUUUACUCUUUGAGUCAACAGCCAAGUGAUCCACAGGAAUCCACUCAGCCAAUUGUGAUGGCCGAAUGGACCAACAGUGCAGGGUGUCACAGCCCAAAAAUCAAAAGUGUUCGCACAGAGCAAUCCGAAAUGACAGGACAUCAGGCUCAUAGAGAUUUAAAUGAUGGCAAGAUUACUCAUGAUACAUUAUCUAAUAAGAUCUCCUGUGAGUCUGUGAAGAUUGAAGAUGAUCAGGACAUUCAGGAUGUCACAGUGGCCCCUCAGAAUAUCAGUUUAAAAAAGGAAAAAAGUACACCUGUGAAAGCCAAUAAAAAGAGCAAAAUGACUCCUAAACUUAACCUAACAAGCUCACCCAUUGUGGAUGCUAAUAUUACCAAAACAUGCCCACCACCAGAGGAUGCUAAACUUAGCAAAACGUGUGCAUCACCCAAGCAUGCUAAAGUUAGCAAAAAGUAUGCAUCACCCAAACAGGUUAAACCCAGUAAAACAUGUGCAUCAUCCCUUCAAGAUGUUAAUACUGGUCCGUUCAUUCCCCAGCCACCACUGGUUUCAGAAAACAUCUUGGUGCAAACCCCUGUUGAAGCACAAACUAUCCCUGAAAGUCCUCCCAAAUUCCUGACUGUGUCUUUAAAAAGGGUUCAAGUUGGGAUCUCGAGGAAAAGCAAGAAAAAGGCUAAGACUGUUCUCAAAUUAAGUGUCGCCAAGGUCCUUGAUGGCCCGAAGCCUUGUGCAGCUCUGCAGCUUUUGCCACUGAGGAAUGACCAAGCAGUGAAGUGGCCAAGUACCAACCAACCUGUGGUGGUGCUCAAUCACCCAAAACCUUGUUUUCACAUGAAAACUGUACCUACAAAGACUUUUCAAAAUAAAGGAGCUGGAGGAACUGCCACUCCAAAGUGCCAAAUACUGAAAAUGAAACUUGGUAAAGUGAUGGGACGGAAGUAUGAGGUGAUGGGGUGCACCAUACGGAACUUCUCUUAAAACAUGGACAGUGCCACAAAAGGUUAUUAUUCACAUCCAACAGUAUCCUGACAUGGUAUUGAUAUAAAACAAAGACUAUUUUCAUUUCAAAGACGCCAAUUCCAUGGACGCUGGUAUUGUGUAUAUUUGCAUGUGUUGUUGAACUGAAGUGCAAUGUUUUCAGAUGCCCUAUUAGUACUUUAACAUCAUAUCCAGCCACCAGUUUACUGCAUAAAGAUAAAUUUGUGUUACAUUCAGAUAACAUAUAUUUUUUCCUAUCUCAAAGUGUUUAUACGUGUCCAACACUACAAAUGUUUAGUAAUGCCGGGUAUUUCAAAAAACAUCCAGUGACUUUCAAAUAUUUUCUAUCAGAUGCAAGAUGUGUAGAUAAAGGAGUAAAAGUGUGUCAGUGUGUCAAUCACUGGUUUGUUUUGAUUGAGUUCAUCGAUUUGUUUGAACUGUACGUUUCAGUGAAUUAAAGAUUACUUGCCUGUCUUACUCACCUUACAGCGAAAUACACAAUUUUGGGUAUUGAAUGCAUGUCCUGACCACUCGAUAAAAUACCAUUUGUAGAUUAAGUUUUUGUUAUUCUGUUGUUUGUUAUUUAUUUAAUGCUUGUAUAUUUGGCUUAUUGAUCAGAUCAUUGUCACUUCUACAAAUUUCUAAGCAUCUUUGACCAGUGUUGUUGCUCAUACUAAAAGACAAGCAAAACUAUAUGUACUUGUAGCUAUUUCUACAAAUCAAACUAUGUAUUUUUAUUUUGAUUUCCAUUUAAAAUUUCUGUAUAUAUUCUGCAACUGUGGUAAUUGACAAUACGACACCCAUAAAUUUAUACAGGACGUAUGCUAGUUUGUAGAGUCUAAUAUACCGUGUCCAAGCCGCUAACAAAAAAGGGAAGAAAAGAUUGGUAUUGUGUUUGCCAGUACAUGUAAAUAGUCAAUGUAAAUAUAGUUAUCGUAACAAGAGAUGGGCCUCAUCGACACAGUUAUAGCGUCUUAAGAUGUGGUAUCUUACAUUUGGCCUUAUUUAUAUCAAGCAUACAAUCCUGUAGUUCUUACCUCAAGUGUUAAUAUUUUAAAACGUUCAUAUGUGGUUUUGCUUUUUUUUUUCAACAUUUUAUGGUGGUGUCACCUGUUAUGGCAUAGAACUACUGGCACUUAUUGUACAGUUCAUAAACCCCAUAUUGCAUUCUGUGUUCAGAGCAGCUUUUAUCCAUACAUUUACAAUUGUACACUUUGCCUUUUCAUUAUUGUACAUUGAGGACAAUUUAUUUUCUUCACCAGUGUUUGUUGUUAUGCAUACUUUUGUAUUCACAAUGUGUUACUACUUUUUUAUUAAAAGGAACAUGGCUGA